AAUAAACAUUUUUAUUUAUUUUUCCAUGAGAUACUCACAUAGAGUUGACUUGGCUGAAUGCAUAUUGCAGCAUUGGAAACUGCAAUCCGCAAAAUUGGGGAAUGUUUGAUUCUCCUGCCAAAUGGAGAGCAUAUUUAUAAGCUAAAGUUGAACCAUACCUAUGCCACUGAGAUUCUGCGUGCUUUAUGUUCGCAUCUAUCAAAUUUAAAGCACGGUGAAAUUGUGCAAAGUGGAGCAGUCCAAGCAAUGUUCAAUGCAAUCAAGAAUGGACUUGAUGAGUAUGUAGGAGAAAUUAUCAAAACUAAUCCAGAUAUAAUUUGGAUGCUUGAAGAAGGAACUUCAAGAGAUAUAUUAAUGUGUGCAAUUGCACAUCGCCAAAAAAAGAUUGCCAGCUUUAUACAUGAACAAGUCAAAUGGAGGGAUGCAACAGUUGAAUUAGAUAAGGACAGAAACAAUCUGUUGCACAUAGCAGGGAAGCUAGCUCCUGAUAUUCAGCUUUCUCGCAUCUCUGACGCAGGGCUGCAAAUGCAAAGAGAACUACAGUGGUUUAAAGAGGUGGAAAGAAUUGUUCCAGAGUAUUAUAAAGAAUGCAAAAAUGACUUCGGUAAGACUCCUGGUGAAGUGUUUUCUGAGGAGCACAAGGAUUUGCAAAGAAAAGCCGAGAACUGGAUGAAACAGACAGCAGGCUCUUUUACAAUUGUAGGCGCCCUUAUCAUUACCAUUAUGUUCGCUGCAGCUUAUACCAUUCCUGGCGGUAGUAAUCAAGAUACGGGUUUUCCCAUAUUCUCACAUGAUACAUUAUUUGAGAUGUUCAUUAUAUCAGAUGCUGUUUCUCUCUCUACUGCAUCCACUUCGGUUUUGGUGUUUUUAGGGAUUCUCACCUCUCGUUAUUCCGAAAAAGAUUUUCUCAGAUCGUUACCAAGAAGGUUGAUCAUCGGGCUUUAUACCCUUUUUAUAUCAAUUGCAGUGAUGAUGAUAGCCUUUGCAGCCGCUGUUGCUAUUAUGCUUGAAGGUCAACUGUGGAUAAUCAUUGUCAUGUCUGUGCUAACUUGCAUUCCAGUUUUCUGCUUUGCACUUCUGCAAAUUCCGCUUCUUGUUAAGAUUUUUAAUUCAACUUAUCGAUGGAAAGUCUUCGGAAAGAAAAGAGAUUGAGUAUUGGAUGGAGGAGGGAUUGUUAGGGAAGGGCAGUUGGUGACGUGGAAAGAUUUGAGGGGAAUGAUUAAUGUGGUGAAAUUUAGGGAAGAAAUGGUGGAUUCUUAGAGAUUGGUGUAUUGUAGUGAUGGUUUUUAUUCUGUAAAGGCAGCAUAUGAUUUUUUAACACUUGAAGAUUAUAUUCUUGAUUGGAAAUGGUGUAGGAUAAUUUGGUGCAAGAAUGUUCCUUCUAAAUUAACUGUAUUUGGAUAGAGGUUAUUCCUGAAUAGAUUAAGCUAUGAAGGAGAAUCUUGGUAAAAGAGGAGUUGUUUUUCAGGGUGGGAAUGUUAGUUUUGGUUUAUUCAAUGAGGCUGUGGAAGAGCUUAAUCAUUUAUUUUGUGAUUGUAGCAUGUCUUGGUUAGUUCAGCUGAGGGUGAUGAUAUGGUGGGGGAUGUGUGCAGGAUGUGGGUGCACUCAUAUUAUUGGUAGUUACUUGGUACCUUUGGUGUUGGAGGAAUUCAAAGGUGUUUGAGAAUAAUUUAAUUUCUAAGGACUUAUUGCUAGAUUCUAUACAAGCAAAGUCUAUUUUAUGAAUUAAGAAUAAAGAAUCAAAUUGUAUGUUGUCUUAUCAAGAAUGGAUAUCAAGAUUUAUGAAGUGUAUGGCAGCUACUGCUUAAUUUCAAAGAUGCUUGAAAGACUGUAUGGUGUAGAAGAAAGCAUUGUUUGGUAU